AAUACUCGAUAUUUUAGAGAGAGAUGCUCUCAAAGAGUAAUUGCAGAGAGAGAAGCGUAGAGAUUAAUUACCUUCAUCGGUGUUGGGACUACUACGUGUGGCUCGAAGCGGGUGUUGGGUCUAAUCCCAACAAGAACCAUACAACUAGCUUGAUCUCUCGUGAAAGUGAGUCCAAAGGUGAUUCAGGAAAUGGAACCAUAUCUCAUGGAACGAAGGCACUAAAUGAAAAGUCAGAGUGGAUGGUGCAUGAUGAACCUGGUGUGUACUUAACAUUGUCCUCCUUGCCAGGCGGCGGUAAUGAACUCAAGCGUGUUCGCUUUAGUCGAAAACAUUUCACAGAAGAACAAGCAGAAAAGUGGUGGGCUGAAAAUGGACCCAAGGUUUGCAAGCGGCAUAACAUCUUAGGUGGAGAUUAAUCUGCAACUAAGACCAUUUGGUAUUUCCAUCCACAGGCGUUCCCAUCCAAGUAACAUUUCCAUGGACUCGCCAAGCUAAAGUCAAUGGACGCCAUGCAGUAGCAUCACCUUUAAUGGAUUUACCAAAAAAAGAAAAAAAGCAUCACCUUUAAUAGACAAGCUUUCAAUAC